AUGGCAACCUGGACGCGUUUCAAGUUGCUUCUGCUCAUGGUCGCCACCAUGGCGGCCAGCGUCUAUGCUGAGGCUCUCAAUCUCAUCCCCCGUUACCUGUUUGGCCGUGCCGUUCGCCCGUCCCUUUCUUUGAUCACUGUGACCGUCACGGAGACUACCUGCGGACCGGAUGUAACUCAUGAGUCGACCACAACUGUCACCACCGAUGUUCAUUGCACCACCGACACGACCACAUCGCUGACCUCUUCCCUACCUGUGAGCACACAGACCACCGUGCCGGUAGUUCCUCCAGUGGUGACCAGCACUUCUGUCUCGUCUGAGACCACUGUGCCUGGCUCUCCCUCCAGCUCGGUGACUCCCUCCAGCUCGGUGACUCCCUCCAGCUCGGUGACUCCCUCCAGCUCGGUGACUCCCUCCAGCUCGGUGACUCCCUCCAGCUCGGUGACUCCCUCCAGCUCGGUGACUCCCUCCAGCUCGGUGACUCCCUCCAGCUCGGUGACUCCCUCCAGCUCGGUGACUCCCUCCAGCUCGGUGACUCCCCCCAGCUCGGUGACUCCCCCCAGCUCGGCGACCAGCACUUCUGUCUCGUCUGAGUCCACUGUGCCUGGCUCUCCCUCCAGCUCGGUGACCCCCUCCAGCUCGGUGACCCCCUCCAGCUCGGCGACCAGUACUUCUGUGUCGUCCAAGACCACUGUGCCUCCUGCUUCUUCUGUGGUGACCAGCACUGCGAUAUCAACUGGAAGCAGCUCUACUUCGACCACGGCUCCUACAUCGACUGUGUCGAUCACUGUACCGGGCUCCCCUCCUCCCCCAGGUGGUACCGGGGUGUCUCCAGGCUCUUCGUCGAUCACCGACACACAAACCACCUCUACCUUGCCCCAGACUGUUUCAACCACUGUGUCAGGUACUUCUUCGGUUAGUCCCACAGGUGUUGUCUCGGUCCCCAUUGGUACCGGCUUCACUACAUCUGUUGUUCCCGGUCCUGUUACAUCUGUCACAACCGAAACCAUUUCCUCUCCUUGCCCCAUCUCGACUGGGGUAAGUACCAUCCCUGGUACCGGCAUUACUGCUCCUGGCCAUACAGAGAUUGCUACCUCUUCUCGUUCCUCAAAGGUGGUUCCUCCUGUCCCUGGCACCUCUUCAGUUGGCUACACAAAUUCGACUCUCCCCCAGGUCCCCGGCACUGUGACCAAAGUCACCACUGACUAUCUCACAUCCCCUUGCCCCGAGCCUACCCCGGUGACUACUGUGAUCACCGUCACUGUUGAAAUCUCCUGCACUGAGACUACCCGGUGCCUCAGCACUAGUGUUGUCACCAGCACUUUGCGUGUUCCCGGCACUUCACCGGUCCCAGUCUCUGUGCCCCAAGCAACCACCACCACGGAGACUAAGCCGGCUGGCCCUACCUCUCUGGAGACUACCACCAUCUCGGUAACUCCAAUUCCGGCCCCUGUUCCAACCUCGCAUACCCUCACCAAGGUUGUGACAACAGUGAUUCAGCCAACUGUUCCUGGCGUCGUUGGAAAGGAGACCACAACCCUUAUCACUACUGUUGUGACGGCUACUGCGCCUGCCCCAGCUCCAGAGGAGACCACCACCACCAAGUUAGUGACCACAAAGGCUGUGACCACCGAAGUCGCGACAACAGUCAUUCAGCCCACUGUCCCGGCUCCUAUUUCCCAGGAGACCACCGUGAUCGCCCCUACUGAUAUCGUGCCCCUUCCAGGCGCUACCUCUAUUGAAGCAACUUCUCUCGUCAAGACGCCUUCUGGUGCUCGGGAAACCAACCCGGCCACUGUUGCCCCUACCACGCUGGCUACCACUGUGGCCCCUAAGCCCCCCGCUACUCAACCUGAGGGUAGUGAGACUGAUUCACCGGCCCCUGGCCACGAACAGCCUACUAAGGAGAGUAGUGGCUCGGCCCCACCAAAGCCUACAUCCAGCCCCAUCUUCAAUGGUGCCAACGCCGCUGGAGUCGCGGAUAGUCGUUUGUUUAUCAUGAGCAUCCUCAUUGCAGUAUCUCAUGUUAUUCACUCCGUGAUUCUGUGA